AUGACGAAUUCUGGUCAAGAAGAUGAAGGAUAUUGUCUAUUAUCAUUUUCGAAGAAGACACAUGCUUCUUAUCCUAUUUUGGUGACAGCUACUGCUCGUGUUUUAGCUGUACCAGCUGCCAGUGCAGCAGUUGAAUGCGAGUUCAGCUUUACUGAUAAUACUAUUACACAAAAGUGCUCAAAAUUAUCACCAGAUUCAGUAAAUGAUAUUGUUUUCAAUCAUUAA